GUAGUCUCUACAACGACAUUUUCCUCAUUGUCUCAAAACUAGCCAGUCAUGGGAAAAAAUCACAGUGAGUGCACAAUACAUGUGUAUGAGCUGGUCUAUGGCCAGUCGAUCCUUCCUCGGGUACCCCUUUCGCUACACUGCCCAAUUUCCCGUACAGUGCCUACUGACACAUGAAUCUCCCUCACUGGAGGUUAUCUUCCCACAUGAGUGCAUCCACGACGUCUUUCCCGCGAAUCUGUUGGGAUGUAAUUUCCCAUCAAUGGGUGAUAGCUUCAUUCACUGCAAUAUUCAACACAUACGCAUGCCUUAGCUGUCUCCACGGUGAACUAAAUGACCCCUGUAACGUCCCUUCGUAGCUCUGACCAUCGCGGACACUCGGAAUAUGCGUGCGUACACUCCGGACAACUGACACGUCCCGCGCAGACGAUAUGUGUGUUGCAGCAGACGACAUCUGCUCUGUGAAGCGCGCGGCACAUGAGGACUGACUGAGGUAUGGACUACAUGGGUACAGAUUUCACUAAGGCUCAGCGCAUGUGACAGUCGCCUUCGUCUCCUCGUGGUGUGUUUGUGGGUCAAUUCAUGUUGUUGAUUUCGGGAUCAGCGUGGCUUAGCGUCGGAUUAUACUAGUUUCUUCAACUCAAAGUUGCGUCCCUUAGGCGUACCAGGAUAAAUAAAGUACCAAAUAAAGUAGUUACAGAGACACAGAUUGGAGGUGGGAACCUAGUGCGCUAGUGGUCAACGCUCGUGAAGGAGAAGUGCUCUCGCUGUCGGCCACGUGACCAUACAACGUUGCCGUGCGCUUCCGCCAAUUAGAGCUGGAUACUGCUCGCUCUCAGUAGUAGCGCAUUCGUCACGUAAUCGAAAGUAGAGUCACAAGUCCCUGGUACCAAGUUCCAGGUGUGUUCGCCCGCUUGUCAGUGUGGCUCGACGGCGUGAUGCAUUGUGGGCCCGGCUCAGACAGGGGCCCCGAGGAUGUGCAAUUUCGCGACUGCAUGUUUGGGAGUAGUGCUGUUCACCUGUGCCAUCGCAGCACCGUCGGUAACAGCGCUGACGAACAUUACAAUUGGAUACCUUACAACUUCCAAAGCGGUAACAUUUAGCCGUAAUAUACAGGGUCGGCUUAUAUCUGGUGCCAUUACGUAUGCUAUCAAAAAGAUCAAUGAGGAACAUUUGGUGCCGGGGUACCGGUUCAAACUCGUAUGGAACGAUACCCAUGCUGAUACCCUGGUAUCACUGCACAGUCUGGCCGAGCAGUGGCGGGCUGGAGCGGUUGCAUUCUUUGGACCAGAGGAUAGUUGUACAGUGGAGGCUCGACUAGCCGCCGCUUUUAAUCUUCCCAUCAUAUCUUAUAAAUGCUCCGAUUACGAGGUAUCCGAGAAGUCACUUUAUCCGACAUUCGCCAGGACAUUUCCUCCAGCGACUCAGGUGACGAAAUCCAUAAUCUCCCUCCUGCUUCACUUCAACUGGCGUCGCUACACGCUCGUCGUCGGAUCGACACACCAGGAUCAAACAAUUGCCGAAAAACUGUCAGAGUUGUCGAACCUUUACAACAUCACCAUCAACAAGCGGAUGAAGUAUACAGAGCCCCACAUCCCAGUCCUCACAGGAAACCCGUUCCCUGGUAUCGUGGAUGAAACCUAUGUCGGAACUAGAGUAUACGUAUUCCUGGGCGAGGUGAAUGGAGUGGUGGACUUGAUGACCAACCUGUAUGACCGUGGGCUGCUUGACACUGGCGACUACAUCGUCAUCUACGUCGACCACAACACCUUCGACAGCAAGAACCCUCUCAAAUACUUCAGGCGGACCAUGGACAUCUUCAACGACACCCGGAACAUGGAAGCGUCAAGGUCACUGCUGGUGGUGACGUACAGCCCCCCGUCAGACGCCGCCUACACCCAAUUCCAGACACAGGUCAACCGUUACAACGAGAUGCCGCCAUUUAAUUUUCCUGACCCAUUCAAAUCUAAAAAGAUCACCGUGUUCGCUGCCUACCUGUACGAUGCUGUCAUGUUGUAUGCUGACGCCUUGAAACACGUGCUUCGGAAUAACGGCAGCCACACCAACGGCACUGCCAUCAUCAACCGAAUCCGGGAUCGUUCCUUCAUAAGUGUCCAGGGAUACCUAUCACACAUCGACGCCAACGGAGAUGCCGAGGGCAACUACACCGUACUGGCCAGGGCCCGUUACAAGAGCUACUACUCCGAGUUCUCGAUGAGACCCGUGGGCCACUUCCAUAUCGAGGGGUCAAGACUUAUACCGAAUUUCCGACUAUUUGAGGGCAAGGAAAUCGACUGGAUCCUUGGCCACCCUCCGCGUGAUGAACCAGAGUGUGGAUACCUAGCAGAGAGGUGCAUACCACCAAAACAUUACACCAUAGAGAUUGUGUUCGGCGUUCUUGGGGGUCUCUUGUUCAUUGUUAUCAUUAUUCUGCUCAUCAUCUACAGGAACUGGCGCUACGAGCAGGAGAUUGCUGGUCUGCUGUGGAAAAUUGACAUCAGUGAGCUGAAGACUGGCCACAACCUCCAUCAGUCUGUGGACAGGGCCAAGCAUGGAAGCCGGAUGACCCUGUGCAGCCAGCAGUCCUUCGACUCAAAGCUGUCUCUGAAUCAGCUGUUCGCGCAGACCGGAAGUUACAAGGGGCAGGUGGUCGCUCUGAAGAUCUAUGAGCUGAAGAACUUUGAUGUCAACCGGAAGAUGAAGAAAGAUAUGAAACUCAUGCGAGAUCUGAGACACGACAAGGUGAACGCCUUCAUCGGCGCCUGCAUCGACCCUCCCUGCUUCAUCAUCAUAACAGAAUAUUGCAGUAAAGGAAGUCUUCAGGACAUCCUGGAGAAUGAAGACUUGAAGCUGGACGACAUGUUCCUGGCCUCGCUCAUCAAGGACCUUCUACAGGGAAUGAUCUUCCUCCACGACAGCGAGCUGGUUUACCAUGGCAACCUGAAGAGUUCCAACUGCGUGGUCAGUAGCUGGUGGACUCUACAAGUGGCCGACUUCGGACUACUGGAGGUCAGGGCGGCGACAUACCGGAAAGAGGACGAGCAUGCGUACUACAGGAACCUGUUGUGGACGGCCCCCGAGUUGCUCCGGAAACAGACGCCGUCGGGGUCGCAGAAAGGGGACGUCUAUGCGUUCGCCAUCAUUCUUCAUGAGAUCUUCGGCAGAUCGGGGCCGUAUGGAUUCUGUAACCUGUCUCCUAAAGAGGUGGUGGAGUUAGUGAAGGCUCCAAUGACGAACCCCUUCCGCCCGGACACGUCGCCCCUGACAUGUGAGAGUUAUGCAGUCCGCUGUAUGGUCGAGUGUUGGAGUGAGCAGCCUGAAGACAGGCCCGACUUCAAGAUCAUCUGGAACAAACUCAAGUCUAUGAGGACGGGAAUGAAGAGGAACAUCUUCGACAACAUGCUGGCCAUGAUGGAGAAGUACCAGGAGAACCUGGAGGAGUUGGUGGAGGAGAGGACGGAGCAGCUCAUAGAGGAGAAGAAGAAAACAGACGCCUUACUUCACAGAAUGUUGCCCAAGUCAGUGUCCGAGCAGCUGAAGCGUGGUGAGCCGGUCGUCCCCGAGACGUACAGCUCCGUCACCAUCUACUUCAGCGACAUCUGCGGUUUCACCAAGUUGUCCGCAGAGAGUUCCCCUAUGCAGAUUGUGGAUCUCUUGAACGGCCUCUACACGUCCUUCGACUCCAUCAUCGAGCACUACGACGUGUACAAGGUGGAGACUAUCGGGGACGCCUACAUGGUGGUCAGUGGACUUCCGGUCAAAAAUGGCGAUAACCACGCAGGGGAGAUCGCUUCCAUGUCGCUGGAUCUGUUGACGGCCAUCAAGAAGUUUGAGAUUCCACAUCGGGCAAAUGAUACCCUCAAGCUCAGGAUUGGGAUACAUUCUGGUCCCUGUGUUUCGGGGGUUGUCGGGGUGACGAUGCCCCGGUACACGUUGUUUGGGGACACCGUCAAUACCGCAUCCAGGAUGGAGACAAACGGAGAGGCCUUAAUGAUCCAUUUGAGUGCCGAAUGUAAGAAGACGUUGGACAUCCUUGGAGGCUACAACGUCAAGGAGAGGGGACUAGUCAACAUGAAGGGCAAGGGAGAAAUGCUGACUUACUGGCUGCUUGGAGAGAACAAGGAAGUUCGGAAACUUCGUCUGGCUAAGUCGGCGCGCAACAACACAUCGCGGGCGGCUCCAACUUCCGGUUCCGACUCUCUCCGACGAAGGGUGCUGAGUGGUCCAAAGUCACGCACAGACAUUCAGAAAAGUCCCGAGUUGUCGCCCAACGACGUCAACUCAACUGAUGGCUACCUCUGGGACUUUCUCAAGACCACGGACAAUAAUCACGUGUGUGACGGGGAAUCCCCUUCCCACCACUCAUUCAGAUCCAGAUUAAACACGUUCAGGGAUUCGGUUAAGAAGAAAUAUGCAUCCUCCAAAGAGAGGCUUUCAAAUGAUUCCAAAUCAAAUUCAAGAGACCAUUUACAGAUUUCAGUGCCUGAAAAAAACAGUCCCAAUUCUAGGCGUAGUGUAGUGAACGACGUCGACAGCGUUAGUCAGUACGACAACGCCCCGCCGGAGACUGAGUGUUUAUUGUGUAACGCCAACACGGCAAAUCCGUCCGAGAUUAUCUCCCUUGGAGCCAAGAGACGCAGCACCACAGGAGAGUUUGAACUUUUCGUAGUGGAGAAGAAAGUAUGAUACAUGCUGUAUGGUCAGCUAAUUUGAUCACGUCAUCAAUACGUCACAGGUGUUGUAUACAUUGUGAUUCCCCUCGUCCAACAAUACAUACCACAGUUUGUCUGUCAUACAUACACUGAAACAAAUAUACCAAAUACAGUUAAUCAAAGUCUAGAAUAUGUAGAAAGUCCAGAUUACCACAGUUUCUGAAAAUGAAGAAAACCCAUGGGCUAUGGAAAACCCAUGGGCUUAGAUAUCUUUCAGUAUUAUUAUUUAGGAACUGGUUGGGUGGGAUCAAGUAAAAUAUGUCCAUUUCAGAGCUUUUUUUACCGUUUUACGGUGCCGAGUAAACGAAUGUCUGUUGUGAAUUAGUUGAUGUAAUGAGACCGAUUAUAAUUGCCUUACAUUGUGGUGUAUGUUGCUUGAAUUUUGGGUAAAGCUGCUGUGACCGGUAUUCCAGUUAUAUCACGGGGGACUGCUUAGUGUGGGAGUAAAGCCCGGAGUGAUGUAGGUCUCAAUUGUUUACCACUUUGAGGAAACCCACUAGCAGGGGUAUGUAGCUAACAAACAAAUAAACAUACAGGGAGCGAACUGGGAUUCGAACCAUUAAACAUAGGUUCCAGGCGUAGAUAAGGGACGCAACUCUGCAAAGCUAACUGCAACGUUUUGGACGACUGGGCGACCGGCGCCCCAUCUGUGUGUAGACAUAAUGCCACAGGUUUGUGACGCAUGACGCUCGAGAAAUAUAGCCAUGUGCACGAUGAACACCAGAAAUGGGCUUCAGACAUUUUACCCAUGUGGGGAAUCGAACCUGGGUCUUCGGCGUGACGAGCGAACGCCUUAAUCAUUAGGCUACGCUUUUGUCCCCCUUUCGGAAAGAACCUUCCGCGGCUAGUUUUGUUGGUUACAAAAGCGACUACAGCAAAAUUUAUGUAUGUAUUCACGGGGGAAGGGGAACGAAGAGUAUACAAUGCUACGUGGUAUUGUCAAUGAUCGUAUCAGGAAACCCAGUGCUAUGGAAUCCAGUGCUAGAUGAUGAUGAUGAUGAUGAUGAUUGUUCUUACAUGUGAUUGCGCGUUAACCAGUUUUAUCGGAUCAAUUUAUGUAGCGUUUUCUGACGUAAACCGGUUAUAGUUGUAGUGCCGUCUGAGUAACCGGUUGCAGUUUGUUGUGUCUCAUAAUAACCGGUUUCAGUUCAUACUUGAGGUCUCCAAGGUAAUAUAGAAGCCCGCUGUGUAGGUUAAAACAAAGGAGGUUAUUGCAGACAAUUGGUUGGAACUAUAAUUCUUACAACACUGGUGCAAAUGACGAAGUCAAGCAAAUGAUCAAUCAAAGCAAAAUUCAAGCCCAAACUAGAGGAACAAUCAGCAGGAGAGAUUGCCAUGGAUACUGCAGUACUUCCGGUGACUUGAAGUAGGCGUUGAUCGAGGAAUGCGAAACAACCAAUGUUUUCGGACUAGAACUUGUGACAACACAUUGGAGAAAGAUACAGAGUGAAAAAUACCGAGUCACAUUAUGGGAUCUUGUUUAUAACUUUGUGGUAUUUGGAGUUAAUGGAUGCACAUCAAGUAACGCCGCACAACAUCAGUCAGAAGUGUGUCUAAAACACAGGCUGAUAUUAAAAAGCGCCAAGGAACUAUACAAUGUUCUUGUCACAUUGACAAUUCCGAUUAGAGCGGAAUCCAUUCUGAAGCGCCAUCUAAGUUUAUAUCUUUGCAAAAGAUGGAAAAUGGUGUUAGCUAAGAAACCCCAUUACAAUGACGUCACAUGAAAACAACAGCAGAUCUUUUUAGAGUACUAGUAUAUUUGAGACUAACCAUUAUGCUGUGGAGAGACAAAAAACUAUGCUCCAAUAACUAAGUAUUUUUUUAAAUGUUGAUGAAAUUGUGAUAUUUCACGCCACAGCUGACUCCGUAGUCAUAUCUGACUGAUCUGUGACUUGGAUCAGUUGUGUAAUCCGGAAAGGCCAAGGUCAUCGUUCUGCUUGGACUCAACUCAUCUCUGUGUGAUCUGUGCUGUUUUACCAUGUUUAUAUUUUACACCAUUUUGAGACAAUGUUUACGUGAUCACCAUGGUUACCUUUGUGCUUGUGCUCUACCACUAUGAUGUGGAAACUGUUGACACUCAUUAAAGUUUCAUAUUAGUGUUAA